AUGAUGUUCAACAAGGUUUUUGCCGUUAUUACUGCCGUCGUUGGGGCCAGCUCUUUACUCGCCGGUGUGGCCGCCUUACCUGCUAACCUCACCGAGUCCGCAAUCGCAGGGCGCUCUAUUAAUCCCAGCGGGACUCACACUGGACAAUUGACGUACUUCUCAAUUGGACUUGGUGCCUGUGGCUGGACGAACUCGGAUACCGAAUGGGUUGCUGCCAUCUCCCAUGAGCUUUAUGACAACUGGCCAGGCUAUGCUGGAGGAAACCCUAACAACAACCCCGUCUGCACUACACCUCACACUGCUGAUAUCACCUACGGCGGCAAGACUAUCCGCGUUGGAAUCGUCGACCGCUGUGAAGGUUGCGCUCUCUGGGACCUAGAUCUUUCGCCCUCUGCCUUCCAACAGUUUGCUCCAUUGGCUACUGGUCGUCUGUAUGGCGCUACAUGGCACUUCAAUUAA